AUGGAGGGAGAGUGCUGUAUCUGCCACGACAAAUUGAGUGCUCGAGGCGGCAACAAGACACUCUCCAUUACUUCCCUGCCAUGUUGCGGUGGAGGACUCCAUAGCUCAUGUCUGGAGGAAUUGCUGAAGUUCAGCAAGAGCUGCCCGUACUGUCGUAUGGACUUGCCUAGUAAAACGAAGCCGUCAAGCUAUAAAGUUUAUCAUGCAUCGCAACGAGCAACGACAUCAGCAGACCAACAACAACAGGAGCAAGUUUCUGCAUCUGAAGUUGGAAUGGGAGUCGCUUUGACCGUCGCCGUUGGUGCUCUUGUAGGUGGCUUAUUGGUCGGAAGAUGGUUAGGUAGCAGCAAUAAAGAGGACAAGGACCAACAAGAGCAAUCGUCUUCUUCUUCACAACAUCGACGUGGAGCUCAGUACCAGCAGAACUCGUCUGGAACUAGAUUUUGA